AUGUCGUGGAGUCUGUCUUCGCCUCUCGCUACACUUCGGCAUCCGUUCCCAAGUAUUUUCCGUUAUACUCCGUAUCGGAUGGGCAAGGACGGCAUUCCCAAGGAGGCGGCGUAUCAGAUGAUUCACGACGAGCUGCUGUUGGAUUGCAACCCGCGCCUCAACCUUGCGUCCUUCGUCACCACGUGGAUGGAGCCGGAAUGCGACCAACUCAUUAUGGAGUCACUCAAUAAGAACUACAUCGACAUUGAAGAGUACCCAAUCACCAACGACCUCCAGGAGCGGUGCGUGAAUAUCAUCGCAAAUCUCUUCCACGCGCCGCUGGGCGAAUCGGAGGGCGCGGUGGGCGUGGGCACGGUGGGUUCGUCGGAGGCCAUCAUGCUGGCGGGACUCGCGUUCAAGCGCCAGUGGCAGAACAAGCGCAAGGCGCAGGGCAAGCCGUACGACAAGCCCAACUUCGUGUGCGGCUCCGAAGUGCAGGUGUGCUGGGAGAAAUUCUCCAACUACUUCGAAGUGGAGACGCGGUUCGUGAACGUGAAGGAAGGGUCGUUCGUGAUGGACCCUCACGAAGCCGUGGAGGCCGUCGACGAGAACACGAUCUGCGUUGCGGGUAUUCUCGGGUCCACCUAUAACGGGGAAUUCGAGAACAUCAAGCUUCUCAACGAACUCCUCACGGAGAAAAACGCCAAGACCGGGUGGGACACACCGAUCCACGUGGACGCGGCGAGCGGCGGGUUCGUGGCGCCGUUCCUCUUCCCGGACCUGGAGUGGGACUUCCGGCUGCCGCUCGUCAAGUCCAUCAACGUGAGCGGGCACAAGUUCGGGCUCGUGUACCCGGGCGUCGGAUGGGUGGUGUGGCGCUCCAAGGCGGACCUCCCGGAGGAUCUCGUGUUCCAUGUCAACUACCUGGGCGCGGACCAGCCCACCUUCACGCUUAACUUCUCCAAAGUUCUUCUAGAAUUAGGGUACUCGUUGCGUUACACUGACCUCAACCGCGAGCGCAAUCCUCAAUUGGACACUAUCGCCGUUUCCGUCCUCUCUUCUCAUGUCUUUUCCGCCAUCGGUCACCUCAACUCGCAGGGCUACCGCAAGAUCAUCAGCAAUUGCCACACCAAUGCGGCCUACCUGCGCAAGGAGAUCAUCGAUAUGGGCUGCUUCGACAUCUACUCUAAGGAGGUUGGCGUGCCGCUCGUCACCUUCGGCCUCAAGGACAAGACUGGCUUCACAGAGUACGAAAUCGCGGAUAUGCUGAAGCAGUUCGGCUGGAUCGUUCCUGCUUACACGAUGGCGCCUGAUCUCGAGCACGUGACUAUGCUCCGCGUGCUUGUAAGGGAGGAUUUCUCCCGAUCCCUCGCGGAUCGAUUUCUCGCGGACCUGAAAAUGUCGGUGAAGAUUCUGGAAGAUAGGGCUGCGCAGCUGCCUGCUCCGCUUGUGCCCGCUACUGCUGCUGGCGCGCCUGCGGCUGCCGCGGAAGCAGCUGCCGCUGUUGCGCAUCCUCCUGCUGCCGCCGCGGCAGCCCCUUCGGGGAAGAGCAGGCUCGCGCGCGACCUGGCGGACGACGAGAAGUUCACGUUUUCCCCGAUAGCAGGGACGCGUUUGAUGCCUCCUACGCACCCCGUGGAGCACACCCAUUCCCUGGAUUUAUCUGCUCUCCGCAUGCGUACAUUCCGUGUUUUCAAGAAGAAUAGCAUUGCUAAGACUAAUGGAGUGUGCUAG